AUGAACACUUCAUUACCACCUUCCAACACUUAUUCAUUGUCCACCUUUCCACCUGCUACUACAGGAUGGGACUAUGAAGUCUUCUUGAGUUUCAGAGGCGAUGAUACUCGUAAGAGAUUCACUGAUCACCUCUACUGCGACCUUCGGGAGCAAGAAAUCCACACGUUUAGAGACAACAAUGCGCUUCGCCUUGAAGAGAAUAUUACUGAGAUUCUCAACGCAAUCGAGCACUCAAAGAUAUCCAUUCCCAUCCUUUCCAAAGACUAUGCUUCGAGUGAGUGGUGCCUGUGUGAGCUCACCAAGAUGGUUGAGUGUAAGAGGACUCGGGAGCACAUCAUAAUUCCCAUUUUCUACGAUGUCAAACCGUCCGAUGUGCGAGAGCAGAAGGGGAGUUACGAAGAGGCCUUUCGGGAACACGAGAAGAAUUUUGAUGGUGAUACUGUGGAGGCUUGGAAGGAGGUUGGGGGAUUGACGGGACGCGAAGUGAAGAAAUUUGCUGAUGGGCAUGAAGGAGCACUGGUAAAGGACAUUAUUUCAGAGGUAUGGGAAAAGCUGAAAAGGAACUUAUUGGAUGUAAAUCAUGAACGCUUAGUUGGAAUUGAUGUUCAUGUAGAAAAAAUGAUGAAAUUCUUGAGUGAUAAUUCCAUUGAUGUAAGGAUUGUGGGAAUCCAUGGCAUGGGGGGUAUCGGCAAGACCACUAUUGCCAGGGUCAUCUACAACAAUCUCUCCAAACAGAAAGUUGAAUUUGAAUCAUGUUGCUUCCUUGCAGAUGUUAGAGAAAAAUCGCCCGAUGGUCUUGUUGUUUUGCAAAACCAACUUGUAUCUAGCAUCUUGAAACAGGGACACUCUAUCUUAAUUUGGUCUAUGGAAGAAGGAAUUAAUGCAAUCAAACAUAGAUUUUCUGGGAAGAAAGUUCUUGUUGUUGUUGAUGAUGUCGAUCACAUAAACCAUCUCCUUGCAUUUGCACUUUUGGGUAAGUGUGAUUGGUUUGGUUCAGGAAGUAGGAUAAUUGUCACAACUAGAAACAAAGAGAUCCUAAAUCUGCCUGAGGUAGAUUGUAGGACUUAUGAACCAAAAGAAUUGGAUAAUAAUCAAUCUCUUCAACUUUUCAGCAGACAUGCUUUUAGAACGGACCAUCCCCCAGAAGACUUUGUUACUUUAUCUAGAGAUGUUGUGUCUACUACUGGAGGGUUGCCUUUGGCUCUUGAGGUUUUUGGCUCACUUUUUAUUGGCAUCGAAAAGGAGGAAUGGGAAGAUAAAAUAAACAAGUUGAAAAGUAUCCCACAUAAAGAUGUGAUGGAUACGCUAAAAAUAAGUUACGAUGCAUUAGACUGUAAUCAACAACAAAUAUUUCUUGACAUUGCAUGCCUUUUCAUUGGGGUGGAUGAAAGAAUUGCUGUACACAUGUGGAAUUUUCCCAAAACAGAGAUAAGAGUUCUACGCCGUCGGUUGGUGAAAAUUGGAAAUAAUAAUGAGCUAAGAAUGCAUGACCAGCUUAGAGACCUUGGUAGAGAUAUUGUUCGUCAAGAAAAUGUUGAAAAGCCAGGGAAGCGUAGUAGGGUGUGGUUUCAUGAUGAAUCCAUCGACGUAUUGGAGACGCAUACAGGAACGACAAAGGUUAAAGCUAUCUGUCUUAACUUAAAGUCAGAGUCACAGGUUGAAGACUUUGAAUUAGAGUCACAUGUUAAAGCUCUCUGUCUUACAAAUGAAGAAUUUGCAAUCCUAUCUAAUCUAAGGUUCCUUCAAAUGGACUUGAGCAACGUCACAGAAGACUUGGAGGGUUGGAAUUAUAUCAAGGUUUCAUCAAUUUCUCUGCUUUUGUUUCGUAUUGCAACAAAGUUGAAAGUUCCAAAUCUCACAGGUUGCAAAAACAUGGUUAAGACUCCUGACUUCUCUUCAUAUCUUACUUUAGAAAGAUUGAUUCUUCAAGACUGUAAGAGUUUGGUUGAUAUUGACCCAUCAAUUGGGCAUCUCAAGAGUCUAGUUUUCUUAAAUUUGAAGAAUUGUGCUAAACUCAACAGGCUGCCUCUUGAAUUUGAUAAAGUGGAAGCUUUAACAGAACUCCUUAUCGAUGGUACUGGUAUAGAAGAAGUCCCUAUUAGUAGAGGUGUUAUGAAGAAGCUUGAAACUCUCAGUGCCACCUGUUGUCUAUCAUUGACUCAAAUUUUGCCCUCAAUCGAUCACCUAACAUCUUUGUUGGACCUUAAAUUUGGUCAUUCAUUUGGUGUCACUAAACUACCAGACUCGAUUGGUUCACUAGUGAAAUUGCAGCGCUUGUCACUAAGGUACUGCAAAUUAAAAGAGCUUCCAGACUCCAUUGGGAAAUUAGAAUUAUUAAUUGAGCUGGACUUGUCAUCAACAGCCAUUACAGAAUUACCAGAUGUUGAAACACUACCCGAUCUUUCCAACUUCAUGAAGGUAAGGAAAUUAAGUAUUGCAGAUUGCAAGAAUUUGAAUGAAAUUACGGGCCUUGAUAGAUUGGAAUCCUUGCAAGAUUUGAAUAUGAGUACUUGCACAUCCUUGGAAAGAUGGCCUGAUCUAUCCAAAUUGGAAAAGCUGGAAGGAUUAAAUCUCGGUCACUGCAAAAGGACACAUGAGAUUGAGGGUCUUGAGGAUUUGAAAUCCUUAAAGAAGUUGGAUUUGUCAUGGUGCACAGCCUUGGAGAAGACACCUGAUCCGUCAAGACUAACAAAUUUAGAGACAUUGAGACUUUGCAAGUGUGAGAAACUUAGUGAGAUUUGUGGAUUUGAGGAACUCAAACUCCUAAGAGAGCUGGACUUGUCAUCCUGCAUGGCCUUGGAGAGGACACCUGAUUUGUCCUGA